AAGCUCCGGGUUCUGGCGGCUGCUCUGCGGCGCUGCCUCCGCGGCUGGGCCUGCGCUCAUGGGCGAAGCCCGGAACGGAGAAAGAAGCACCCCAUCCUGCCCGAGCUGGAGCCGUCUGUGGGGAGAGAUGCGAAAAGGUGUUGUGUCCGCAGUGUUGGCGUGAAGAGGUGGAGACGCCCCUGCAGUGCUAAGUGCGUGACUGUCAACCUCAGAAAUGGCAUCUUUGCCAAGGACAAGGCUGCAGGCAAGGAUUCUCAGCUCCGAGGAAGAGGAGAAGCUGCAAAGAGACCAAGCCUUGGUGUCUGACUUUAAACAACAAAAACUAGAACAAGAAGCCCAGAAGAACUGGGACCUGUUUUACAAAAGAAAUAGUACGAAUUUCUUCAAAGACAGGCACUGGACCACCAGAGAGUUUGAGGAGCUAAGAUCGUGCCGGGAUUUUGCAGAGCAAAAGUUGACAAUGCUUGAAGCUGGCUGUGGGGUUGGGAACUGUUUAUUCCCACUUUUAGAAGACGAUCUGAAUAUAUUUGCCUAUGCCUGCGAUUUUUCUCCACGAGCGGUUGAGUAUGUGAAGCAAAACCCCUCCUAUGACACAGAAAGAUGCAAGGUGUUCCAGUGUGAUCUGACUGCCGACGACCUUCUGGAGCACGUGCCCUCCGAGUCUGUGGAUGCUGUCCUGUUGAUUUUUGUGCUCUCGGCUGUUCACCCUGACAAGAUGCACCGCGUCUUACAAAACGUUUACCAGGUACUGAAACCUGGCAGGUGUGUCUUGUUCCGUGACUACGGGCUGUACGACCAUGCUAUGCUCAGGUUUAAAGCCGGCAGCAAGCUUGGAGAAAACUUUUAUGUCAGACAAGAUGGAACCAGGUCAUACUUUUUCACCGAUGAAUUCCUGGCUCGGCUCUUUGUGGACACUGGCUAUGAAGAAGUGGUGAACGAGUACGUGUUGCGGGAGACUGUGAAUAAAAAAGAAGGCCUGUGUGUGCCCAGAGUUUUCCUCCAGAGCAAAUUCCGGAAGCCUCCCAAGAGCCCAGCACCCACCUCCCAUGACCCUGACCCCGGGCACACGGCCUGACAUGGAGGGCCCUUGAAGGGGAAAGUUUAAAAUCUUUUUUUUACUUUGUA